UCCUUUUCUACAUUUUUAUUUAUUUAUUUAAUUUGUACGAGAAGUUUCAUUGUUGUCCAGUGUUCAUGAUCUAUUUUGACAAAAUGGUACUCAUCUUUAAAAUUCCAAAAGGAUUCGACUUUUUUCCGAAUUUUUCUUAGACUAAAUGUGGAAAAGAGCAUAUCUCCCAUAUUGCUUUGAAACUUGUUUGUUGGAGUUUUGGUGUUUUGUAGCUCUGAUUUGAUAUCUUUUAAAAUGCUUGGCUCGGGACACAGCCUCUAGUUCGCUGCCUGCUCUCUUUCUAAUUCUCUCCCACUGCUGUUGAGCCUCACUCCCAUUAUUCAACUCAGCAGCCCAGACAUUGAGUGACUCACCAAGUUGAAAAGCAGAAUGAUUCAUCAAGUCUUUCAGGUUUCCAUUCAUUACUUGUAGUUAUAGAUUGUGAAGUUUAAAGAGAUUGAACAAAAACGAGUCAUUUGAGCUGUGAGGAAGAAUAUUGAGAAAUGCAAAACGACACUGUUUUGGCAGUUUAAAACUUUUCAGGGUAGAAAUAUGCCUGCACAUGCUGUUGCGUUGAGAGAAGCUUAUUACGCCUCCCUGGGAACUUCAGAGUCAAAGACCGCAAAAAAUUCAAAAUCAGUCCUUACUUAUUCUCACUCGAUCUGGGUGGCUUCAAAUCGAACGGCAGAAACAAUACCGUUCCUGGGAUUUUAUAAAGUUGGUGUUUGAUAGCUUUGAUGAAAUGCGUUGGUAGCCAUCAAAGUAUGACUCCUAGAUGAUGACCCAAGGGCAACAUAUUUACAUGUACAAGCAAAAGAUCGAUCCAAACAAAGAGAGAAGCAAACAGAAAGUGAAGAAGGGAUUGUGGUCGCCUGAAGAAGAUGAAAAGCUCCUUAAACACAUCACUACUCAUGGCCAUGGCAGCUGGAGUUCUGUUCCAAAACUUGCUGGUUUGCAAAGGUGUGGAAAAAGUUGCAGAUUGAGAUGGAUAAACUACCUGAGACCAGACCUCAGGAGAGGUUCCCUUUCUGAAGAAGAAGAACAGAUAAUCAUUGAUUGCCACAGAAUUUUAGGCAACAGAUGGGCCCAGAUAGCUAAGCAUUUGCCAGGAAGAACUGACAAUGAAGUGAAGAAUUACUGGAAUUCAUGCAUUAAAAAGAAGUUGAUCUCACAAGGUUUGGACCCAAGGACUCACAAUUUGAUCCCUUCUCAUCAAAGAGCUUCUAAAAAGCUUUCACGCAACAUCUCACAAACCUCCUUUGAUCCAUCCAUUCCCGUUUUCACAGUCAAUAAUGGACAAAUGACGCCAAUUAAUAACAAUGUGCAGAUGGAGAUUCGACCUCCAAUUCUAACGUUACCUUCACCUUCACCUCCUCUUCAAAAUGCUCCAUUGCUUCAACCAGUAAUGGCGCCCUCAACAACACCAACACCAACCUCUCAAUAUCAAAUUCAAAACCCUAAUGUUUGGACUGCAAAUUGUGGUCAAAAUUCUCAUGACUCCAUCACUAAUACUACUACUUUCCCUAGUGUCUCCUCCAUUGAGAGCCGACCCAUUUCUUCUUCCGCAACUUCUUCAGUGAACCCAUCAGGAUUUGGUCUCUUAGAUGAGAGUUAUUAUUCCAUAUGGGGUAUCAAUACAAUGGUUGAACCCUAUAGAGUUCCAAGCGUCGAAGGACUGCAACUUCAAGAACAAGAACAAGAACUUCAAGAGAAGGAGAAGAUGAACGAUAAUAUCUAUGAAGCAAACAACAGUGUUCAUCAGGACAUAGAUUGUUCAUUUGACAGCUCUAGUUUUGACCUUGAAUUUGUGGAAUCGACAUUCAUGUCUGGUGCAAUGUGUCGUGAUCUAAGCUCAAUCUCCAUUGAUGAUUUUGCAUGGAGCUUUUAAUAUGUACGUUAAUUUGUAUUACAAUUAAAUUAGUAUUUCUCUAAUUAAUUGCUCAUCAGGUUGUAAUUCUUAAUUUUCUAUCUCUUUUUUUGUUGUACUUUUUGCU